AUGCUUGCGGAGGAGGUUAAUAUACUAAUGCAUUUUUUUUUCAAGGCUAAAAAUAAAUAGUGAUGGCUCACAGUAGACUAAGUGAUGCAGAAUAUAGAAACUGGGUUACUGUUGGUCGAGCAAUCCAGAUUACCCGGAACGGCUUAGAAACCAUAAUUCAAAAUGCUGCUGACAAGUACCACACUUCACUGCUUGCAACCUUGUCAAAUAAUGUACCUACGUGGAAAUCUCACUUGGAGAAUGCCCAUCGAUCACGUGAUAAAAGAAAAAUAUCCUGGAGAAACAGUGACAACACUCAAUGGCUGACCGUUGGUGCGUCAUGGGAGAUUUUUAAAUUUUCAUGGCUCCCUUGGGACCGAGAAAGGUUGAUGUAGUCAACGCCAAAACUACUGAUAUAUCGGGACUGCUAAAUGUGUUAGAAUGGUCUCCGAGAGGGACAAAUGGUAUGCUCAACACAGGUGUCGAUCUUUCGAAAAUAGCAGCGGCAAGAUGUGCUAGGAAUCUUUGGGCGCAUGCACCGUUGUUGCAUGUAAGUGAUGCUGACAAAGUCGACGCGUUUGCAUCUUUAACCUCGCUUCUUCAAGACCCAGAACUGCACCAUGACAAAGAUGUCCAAGACGCUAUGAAAGAGCUUAGUAGUUUAUCCCACACUGGUCUAGCGGUUAUUGAAGAAAAAGAAUUGGAAGUAAUCGCUCAGUUACAGCGUGAACUUGGUCAGGAUAUCAACAUUUUGAAAAGUGAUAUGACUUUUUGGAAGAAUCACGUGGAGGUGACCUUGGAGCAGAUUGAAGUUCUAAGGAAAAGCUUGGGUGAAUUUGUAACAAAGAACGAACUACACGACGCUCUGGAAAUUGUCAAGAAAGAAAUCAAAGACUGGAAAGUGUCUACGAACAGCCGGCUGGAAAAGCUAGAAAAGGCUAAGUCAGAGCCACAGCAAAGGAUUUGUGACGGAAGGUCAGAGCUAAAGUUCAAUCCAGUCUCUGAUCGGAUGAAGGAAGAAUUUGUCGGUCGUGAGUGGUUGUUCAGUGACAUCGAAAACUGGUUGGAAAAAGAACUCAAGCCUCGGGAGUCUCGUGCCUUCCUUAUCUGGGGAGGUGCUGGAACAGGCAAAAGCUCGUUCGCCCAAGAGUUUAUCCGUCGGCACCAGGGAGAAAAAUUGGCUGGAUACCAUUACUGUCAAAAAGAUAAUCCUCGCACGUGCGAUUUGAAAUCGUUAGUCGAUAGUCUCAGUAGUAUGCUCUCGAAAAGUCUUCCCGAAUAUGCUGCCUUGGUCGAGAAACUACAGACUGAUAAAUUUCGUGAUGAUCCUAAUGCACUGUUCGAUUUGCUAAUUACCACACCAUUACAGCAAUUGAAUGAAAAUACCAGACAUUUUCUUGUCAUUGACGGCUUAGAUGAAGGAGGUGCCAAGAUUGCUUCUUGCUUUGCCAGAUUAUCAGGAACACUUCCUUCGUGGCUUCGCGUCAUUUUGACUGCAAGGCACAAUGCUCCCGCUCUAUCGGGCCUUUUUUUAAAUUCCACCUCUGCUAAACUAGACCACUUAGAAACUAGUCUCGAGUCCCUGUCUAGCAAAGAUAUUCGUGAAUUUGUCUCCAUGAAGUACAGAAAACUUCAAACAGAAUAUAAUUGUAUUCCUUCUUUCUUUGCUAAUGACGAGCAGGUAGGCAAAGAGAAAAUAGUUCAGGCUAGUCAGAAUUGCUUUCUUUAUGCUAAACUUGUGAUGGAACACAUCUUUGAUGGCCAUGAUGAAAUUGGUUUGCCUGCCUCGUUAUCUGAGAUUUACUGUUUGGACUUCAGACGUCACUUUCCGGAUAUAGAAUUCUUUGAGAAAAAAGUUGCACCUGUGCUUCAGAUUGUGCUUGCCAUUCAAUCUGCUAAGGCUUUUAUGGAUAGAGAGAUUGAUAUAGAAUGUGAGUUAGAUUUGGCAACUUCCCAUCCUUAUCUUUUUGAUGAAGAUGGAAUAAUUCGCUUACAGAAGCUACAGCAGGCUUAUCAGGAGAGCGAUGAAAGUGUUACAGGGGUUGUGAAGUGUGGUUUGCUUCCCGAAAUUAAGAUGCAUGAUCUCAAUAAAGUCGUCAAACUUCUAUCAGGCUACUUAAUAAAGGACGAUUCUAGUAAAUAUUAUUUCAGCCAUAGUUCUGUAAGAGAUUGGUUGCAAGACGAAGAGUCAGAUUUCUUUUGCGAUGUACUCAACGGGCACUCCAUUAUGGCAAACUAUAACUUGAAAACUCUUAAACUUCAAUAUCCUUCACCCGGCGAUUUUUUUGAAAAUGUAUGUUUUCGUCCGAAACGGCCAUAUCCUACUGCUCUUCUAGACCUCAAAUUCUUUUCUUUGCGUUACCUCUUUCAUUCCAGUGAGAGCGGGAGUUCAAACGUGAAUGUUCUGAUAUCUGAAUUAGGUAUUAAAGCAAUCGACCUUCUUCAUGCCGCGUUUCACGAUAGUGGUGACGUUUGGGAUCGUUGCAUUUGUUCCGAGUAUAUGGCAAUGAAAGUUCUCGAUGAAACUGAUGUCUUGAAUAAAAUGACCAGACAGGAAAAAGCCGAACAUCUUGAGGUGGCUCUUGACUUGAAGUAUGCAAAAAUUACUGCCAAGUUGUUUGAUAGCCGCACAUACUGGAUUUUUAGUCGUAGGGUCAUCUUGCACUUGAACUGUGACAUCAAACUACUACAGCUCGUCCCAAAGGAAUCAAUGCCCCAGUUAUUCUUUUCGUCCCUCGUGGAUCGUUUCUUUGACGAUGAGAUAUUUGAAUUUUGUGUAAAAAAUGGAUUAACGGCGGAUGUAUGUGUUCCUCAAUUCUUUGAGAACACCAAGGGCUUUGACUCGUCCAUCUGCUGGAACGAAGAUGUCCAAGAGUAUUUUAGAAAAUUGAAGUCAGGCGAAGAGAAUGUUAUCACUUUGGAGUCCCUUAAUGAGAAGCCAUUUUAUCCAGAAGAAGCUAAAGUGUCGGAAUUUACAUUGGAGAUCAUUCAGAAACCUCUUUCAGGUAUUGAUUACAAAUAUUCUUGUAAAUCUGCAGGUGUGCAUGGUGAAAAAAAAUUAUUCUUUAUUAUAUAAUACCUUAUUGAAUUCUGAUCGUUUAAUUGGCUGUUUAUGGUCACGUGAUAUUGAAUAGAAAAUUCCAUUUCCCCAGAGUGCAAUGGAAUACGUUCCAUUGCACUCUCUGCGAGUGCAAUGGAAUAAAACGUAUAGUACAAUUGCACUCUUUGUGUUUUCGAUAAAUCGCAUCCCUCAAAAUGCUUCUCAUACGAAUCUAUUAGUCUAUUUUGGUAUUAUACAAAACAAAUGAUGAAUGUUUUUUCGUGCAAUGGUAAGAAUAUUUUCAUUCGGUGAAAGAUGGAAUGUUCCAUUCAACUCGGCUCUCGCCUCGUUGAAUGGAACAUUCCAUCUUUCACCUCAUGAAAAUAUUCUUACCAUUGCACUCAUAAACAUUCAUUAUUUGUAUAAUAUAAAGUUGAUUAAACAUAUUCUUAAAAAUAGCUUUGGAAAAAACCUAGUUUGUUAUAUAUGAAAGCAAUACAGCUCAUCGUAUAGCCAGGGCCGCCGAGAACUUGGCGGGGGCCCGGGGCAAAAAAAUUUUUAGGGGCCCCUAUUGCAAAAACAUUUUCCCGAAAAAAAAUUUUCGGACAAUAAUUUCUUUUUAGGUGCGUUAUAAUUGCUUUCGUUGGACUUUUCCGCAAUUUUCCAUACCAAAUUUCGGUUCAUUGCCCCCUAAACACAAAUAUUUUGGCCCGAAAACAGAAAUAUUUCGCCCGAAAAAAUUACUGGGGCCCAUUAAAUUUCUAACAUUAAAUUUCUAGGGGCCCCCAGAGCCUCGGGGCACGGGGCAAUUUGCCCCCCCCCCCUCUCGGCGGCCCUGCGUAUAGCUGUGUUCUGUGACCAAAAAAGUUGCUUAGAAAACGAAGUUUGUCGCCUCCCUUCGGGCACUACUUUAAAAUUACAUAAAUUUAUAGAUUCUGAUAUGCCUGGCACGAAUUUAUUCAUGCAAACCUGCAGUUUCUUUGUAUUUUACGACCAAACAUCAUCAUUUUCUAUUAAAAUUAGCAAUAUUUUUUUUUUGAAACUUCAUGUUAUACACAGUUAUUGUACCAGUUCGAAGGCGGGGGGAGAGGGGUGGGGGUAUCACGCGGUUCAUCUCAAUAUGAAAUUGCAAAGAUUCUUUAAUCAAGAAUUUUACAGAUUCUAAACUUGUGUUGCUCAAUUUUUUAUCAACAACGAACAAGGAGCGCACGAUAUUCGAUAGAUCUUCAGGACCCAGAUGUAUUUUAUUUAACACAAAUUGACCAUUGGCAGCAGUUCUUUCAAAAACUAGCUCAUGCAUGAAAUCUGAACUUUUUCCAUGUGGGGCAUUAAGUGCUAUGAGCAUUAAGUGCUAUGAGCAUUAUGUGCUAUCAUACGUUUAAAUUUGUUCGCGCUAAAUCUUUCUAUACACUUUUUUUAGAUCUAACCGGGAGCAGCUGCGAAAAAUGGAAGUAACAGGCCCUUUGGCUUCGAUUCCGGUAUAAUGCUCCAACGAGCUGUGCUACAGAGACCAAUUGCUAAGCCUUAACCACAGAUUCAUGUAUAUAUAUAAUCGAACCUGCCAGAGGGCAUAAAGUUCCAUUUUUUACAACUGCUCCUGGUUGUUAGGUUUAAAAAAGUGUAUAGAAAUUUAGGUUCGAAAAUUCAAUCUAAAAAACCAUUCACUAUUAGUUGUAUCGAACGAGAUUCCCAAAAUGUCGAUAUAAGAAUCUUUAUCAAUCUACUCUUUGCAAUUUCAUAUAUAAUUCAACAAUAAACCCAAAAGCUGAUGCAAUAUAUCUCACGCCACCGCUCUGUGAGAUAAGUCCACAUAACAGCGACUUUUUCUAAUUUUUUGACGAAUGAUGUUAAAUUUGCUUUGUAAAUGGUUAGCUUAUUCUGAAAAAUUGCUUUUCACACUGUUUUAAUUGUCUGCAUUGGUUAAUGAGAAUUAGAUGCCACCCAAAAAUGGCGGAUAUUCGUCAUCGUGAGAAAGGCUAAUUCUUGACGAUUUCCUGCAUAUAACCGCGUGAUAAGAGACUGGAACUAGUGCAAUAAUGUUAAUAGAAAAUGUUGAUCUUUCAUCGUAAAAUACAAAGAAAUGGCAGGUUUUUACGAGUGACAACAAGUUAAUUCAUACUCAGCAUAUGUUGCGCAAUUUGUUAAGUUCAUAAGUAUAGAUAUAUAUUGCAACAAUAUACUGUAGAAGUUAUAUAUCAUUAUCAGUCAAGGGCAAAUUUGUAACAAGCUUACGCAUUAAAUGUUGACAUGUUCUUCUUACGAACGCAAUAAAUGCAAAUUAAGUUCCUGUAGGUCCAAAUUAGGUUAAAAUGAGAAAAGAAUGUUCUUGCCGUAGGCGUAUGAACGCUUGGUAUGUUCUUCCUUUAACGUCAUCAGUUAGAUAUUUCUUCCUUUAAAAUGUAUUAUAUAUAUAACCGUGUAUGUAGAUUGUAGGUAGUUGUUAUAGUCAUUGUCGUAGUACGUAUCUGAAAUAAAGUUGUGUGAAAUUUACUGGUUGUCACGAUUGAAUGAAGAAUAGAAUACAGUCCCAAGUUAAGCGAGCGUGGAAGACCUAUAUACUAGCGGGGUUUCCACAACAUAGUGGUCCUUCGAGCCGGAUAGUGAACUAGAAGAGUACAACCAGGUAAAUAUGACGGAUUUAGCGAAGCAGAAAAAGAUACGUGGAGGACAUCGAGGACACGCAAAAAAGCUGAUUGGAGAGAUCCAAGGAAUAUUGGAGAAUGAUGCGAACGAGAAUCGUUACGAGUUAGAGCAGUUGAAGGACGCCUUAAUCGCGAAAGUGGACGUUCUCAAGGCUCUCGAUGAUUCUGUGUUAAAAUUAAUGGAGGAUUCGAAGGAAAUUGACGAAGGGGAGUUCGGGCAGGAACUGUCUGACGCGAGCGACUGCCAGUUAAAGUAUCGAAAGGUAGUUCAUCUUGCAGAAAUGAAGCUAAAUGAAGUGUCAUCGGGUAGCGUUACUAGCGUAGUUAAUAUAGCAGGAACGGUCAGUGACGUGGCCAGUACAAACGUUGCCAACGGUGGAAAUAUUGCGACGGAAUCCUCGUCAGUUGAGAACUUCGAAGAGACGACGAUAUCGACAUCACCAACGCAGCCUGUACAACAAACGAGUGGGAGUGUACGUGUGAAACUGCCUAAACUCGAGGUAAAAAAGUUUAAGGGAAGCGUUUUCGAGUGGCAAGAGUUCUGGGAUGCAUUUGAGAGUUCAAUUCACACGAAUGUCGGGUUGUCAGACGUCGAUAAAUUCUCUUAUUUGAAAGGACUUGUUGAAGAGCCAGCGAAGUCAGCAAUCAGUGGAUUUUCUUUGACUGCCGCGAAUUAUGGAUCUGCUGUGGAGCUUUUAAAACGGAGAUUUGGGAAACCUGUCACAAUACAAAGAGCUCAUAUUAACGAGCUAUUAAAUCUACAGGGAGUGUACAAGGAGCGAGAGACGGGGAGGUUGAGAGCGUUAUAUGACAAAAUAGAAUGCCAUUAUAGAGGAUUAGUUGCGUUGAAAGUGGGCGAAGCUACGUAUUCGAGUAUUGUUGUGCCUUCUCUUCUCGAAAAGUUGCCAGAAAGCGUACGAUUGACCAUCACCAGGGGUGCGGAUUUUAAAAACUGGACAAUGACAGACUUGUUGGACCAAUUUCGCGUUGAAUUGGAGUUACGAGAAGAAGCUGUAGUCCUUGUCCCUAACGAUGGACGCCAGUCUGGGUAUGGAAAACGAGACAGAAAUGUAUAUACGAACUCUGCUCUGUUUGCUGGCUGGGGAAAGGGAGUUUGUGCAUUUUGCCGAGGAAGUCACAACCAUGAAGCUUGCCAGAAGGUGAAGGACACCAGAGAACGUAAGAGUAUUUUACGAAAAUAUUCUAGAUGCUUUAAUUGUUUAGAUAAGGGUCACUUGGCCAGAAAUUGCAUGAAUAAAGUAGUUUGCAAUAGUUGUAAGGGACAACAUCACACAGCUUUGUGUGAGAAGAAAAACACUGAAAGGGACGACGAUAAGGAGGGUAAAAACCAGCAUGAGGGCCCCAAGGAUGUAGUAAACCCAAGUAAUAUGACAUUUGUAGGUACUAGUUGUAGGAUUGCGUUGCAAACGGCACAAGCGUUAGUUAAGGGCGAAAGGCAGCGCCGCGUAAGGGUGCUCUUCGAUUCAGGCAGCCAUAAGUCAUAUGUUACCGCUAAAACUGCGAAUCUAGCGGGGUUAAAGGUUCUGCGCAAGGAAUUGUUAGGCUUAAGCACGUUCGGACAGAAAGCCAAGGAGACGGAAGUUAGGGAAGUUGUUCGCGUUGACGUAAACCCUCUAGGUAGUGGCAAGGUGCUCACUCUCGAGGCUUACGUGGUGCCGGUAAUUUCACGCGUAAGGAAUGAGCACAUUGAGGUUGUCAAGCACAAUUUUCCUCAUCUGAAGGACCUUUGGUUUUCAGACGUUAACAAAAGCGCGCAUGAGUUAGAGAUAGAUUUGCUUAUAGGUUCGGAUAAUUUGUGGAAUUUCCAGCGCGGUCGUAUAGUAAGGGGGGAGCCCGAUGAACCCGUAGCGUUAGAGACCGAAUUAGGGUUUGUGUUGUCUGGACCGUUGAAGGGGAAACGUGGGGAUGACAAUGAUGGGACAUUGGUGAGUUUUGUUGCUGGGGAAAGCAUGGGUGGUAUAGCACACGUUGGGAACGUUACUUUGGAUGAUGCGGUGCAUAGAUUGUGGGAUUUGGAUAGUUUGGGUAUUAAGGAGACGGACGAGGUUUACGAGGCGUUUGGGGAUAGCAUAAGAUUUGAUGGUGUGAGAUAUUCUGUUAAACUACCAUGGAAAGUAGGCCAUGCAACAUUACCAACUAACUAUGAACUCAGCUUAUCUAGAAUGAAAAGCCAAGUCAAGAGGUUAAGAAAGCAACCAGAUAUUUUGGUAGAGUAUGAUAACAUAAUUAAACAGCAAUUAGAUGCAGGUGUGAUUGAGCGAGUGCCAGAAUUAGAUACAGCUGAGAAAGUUCACUAUUUACCACAUCAGGCAGUA